CUCCCGCCUCCGCCUCCGCCGCUCUGGCUUCCGCCCCCUUCUCGCUGCGCUGCCGGAGGAAACGGAAGAAGGAGCGAGCCAUGGAGGGGAACCGGGACGAGGCGGAGAAAUGCAUCGAGAUCGCCCGGGAGGCGCUGGAGGCCGGCAACCGCGACCGGGCCUUGCGCUUCCUGCACAAGGCCGAGAAGCUCUACCCGUCCCCCACGGCCCGAGUACUUUUGGAAGCAAUUAUGAAAAAUGGAAGCACAGCUGCAAAUGGCCCACAUUGCCGAAAACCAGCAAGUGGUGGUGAUCACAACAAGCCCAACAGCACAAAGGACAACACGUCAGCUGGUGGUGAAAGCACAAAAGCUUAUACCAAAGAUCAAGUCGAUGGAGUCCUCAGCAUAAACAAGUGUAAAAAUUACUAUGAAGUACUGGGAGUCACAAAAGAUGCCGGUGAUGAGGAUUUGAAGAAAGCUUACAGAAAGCUUGCUUUGAAGUUUCAUCCAGAUAAAAACCAUGCACCUGGAGCAACAGAUGCUUUUAAAAAGAUUGGCAAUGCCUAUGCUGUUUUAAGCAAUCCUGAAAAAAGAAAGCAGUAUGACCUCACAGGCAGUGAAGACCAGGCGUGUAAUCACCAAAACAAUGGCAGAUUUAAUUUCCACAGAGGCUGUGAAGCGGAUAUAACCCCAGAAGAUUUGUUUAAUAUAUUCUUUGGUGGUGGAUUUCCAUCAGGUAGUGUACAUUCAUUUUCUAAUGGACGAGCUGGAUAUAGUCAUCACCACCAACAUCGGCAUAGUGGACAUGAGAGAGAAGAAGAAAGAGGCGAUGGAGGUUUCUCUGUGUUUAUACAGCUGAUGCCUAUUGUAGUGUUGAUCCUUGUGUCCUUGUUAAGCCAGCUGAUGGUCUCCAAUCCUCCUUACUCCUUAUAUCCCAGAAGUGGUUCAGGACAAACCAUUAAAAUGCAGACAGAAAACUUGGGUGUUGUUUAUUAUGUCAAUAAGGAUUUUAAGAAUGAAUAUAAAGGAAUGUUAUUACAAAAGGUAGAAAAAAGUGUGGAAGAAGAUUAUGUGACUAAUAUUCGAAAUAAUUGCUGGAAGGAAAGACAACAAAAAACAGAUAUGCAGUAUGCAGCAAAAGUAUACCGGGAUGAUCGACUACGGAAGAAGGCAGAAUCAUUAAGCAUGGACAACUGUAAAGAAUUAGAGCGGCUGACUAGUAUCUAUAGAGGAGGAUGAACCAGGAUUUUCAUUUCCAUCUUUUAGCACACAUUUUUUUUUUUACUGUACAAGAAGAAAUUUAGUUUCGUUGUAAAAUCUCAAAAAAGAGUUGGAUAUUAAAUACUAAACUGAGUAGUUGCUCCCUGAAAUCUUAUGCUAUAGGACGCAAAACAGUUAAUGGCUUCGUUACAUAAUAAGAAAUUGAAAACUAAAAUUCAUGAUUUAGUUAUGCAUCUCUUAAUUGUUAUUUAGUUUUACUUCCAAUGCUUACAUAAUUCUUUAACUACAGAUAAUUCAGAAAAGGAUUAUCAUACCUCUAGCAGUUUUCCAGUUAUAGUGAUUCCAUUCUUCUUCCUUGUCAUGUAAAUAUUUAUGAAAAACAAAACCAUUUUGUGUAUAUACAAGUUAUUGACUUUAUAUUUAAAAAUCUCAGAAGUUUAGCUCCAUGAAACACAUCAGCUCACUGAUGGAAUAACUAUAUGACAAUGUUACUUCUUCCUUGUCAGGUGUCGAGUGUGUGGAGUUUAAACAAUGACACUUUUUUUUUUUAAGGCAAUUUAACUUUGUGUAAAAAAAUCUUCUAGCUUUAUCCGCUUAGAAGAAUUUAAUAUUUUAAAAUAUAUAUUCCUGAAUAUAUGUUGAGAUGAAUUGAACUGGUGUAGAUUAUCAGUUUGCCAUUUAGUUUUACGAAUUGCUAAGCAAUGUGAGGAAAUGAAAAGCUAUCCUAAUUAAUUUAAAAAUAAAUACAAUAAAGAUGUUAUACAGAUACUUAAUGUUGACAUUUCUUGAGAAGUAAAUGUCAGUUUUGAAAUUCUGAAAGUAAAUAUAUCCCUUUGCUCCCUCCACCCCACCCUGAGCCAAUUUAUGUCCAUUUAAAAGCUUCUGGAAUUUAUGAAAGAAAAGACUCCCCCCCCCUCCCCCCAAAAUUUCUUAGUGCUCAUUUCAUGCUUGGUCUUGAAAAUAAAUUCUUUUGUAAGCAAGUGGUAAGAAAAGUCACUACUAAAAUUAAGCCUUAUGCCUUUAACACUGUUGCCAACUACUAAACUUUUAGAUAAAUAACUUGCAAAAUUAUUUGACCUAUUUGGCUAUAUAUAAAGAUGAGCAGAAAUAUAGUGGCAGGUAGACUAAUCAUUUACAGGAAGUCUCUGUAAAUGUCUCUGUAGCGCCACUCCGAGCUUAAAGUUGACUCACCAUUAAAGCAGUCAAAUUUAAUCUUAAUAGAAAAUGCAAAUUUUUGUACUGAAAUCCUUUAGUAUAAAUUAGAAACAAAUGUAAGCAGUUGGGUAUUGGGUUUUGUGCCUGUAAAUUGAGUAUGAGUAUUUAUUUGAAAUUUUCUAUGUUGAACAGUUGUCAUUUUUUAAUCAUUUUGCUUCAUACUCAUUUAAUGGAACAACAACAAGUCUUUGACAGUUUUUCUACUGGUGAGUGCUAGAAAUUUGGUUAUAGUAGCAGUGCUCAUUGUGUUUAGAAAUUAUUUCUGAACUUAGCUAAUUUAUUGUCAGUCUAAUAAAUUCCUGCUAAAAUGACCAUUCUCCUUUAAAUUGUCCUGUUAUAUCUCUUUUUCCAAGUGACUCACUAGACUUGCUUGGUUGCAUCAUAAAUUAUAUAACAGCAUAGUAAUUAAGGAAUAGUAGAAAACCCAAUCAAGUUUUACUUAAUUUUUUAGAGAAGUGGCCUUUAGAAUAAAUAGCAUACUUAAAAGGGAAAUACAGUUUGAAGUAUUUCCUUCAGCCUGCAGAGUGGGCUGUUAGCUGAUAAAGGAUAUAAAUUGUUAAAACAGAUCAUUGUUAUUUAUUUUGAAAGUAUUAUAGUCAUUAGAAAACUUAUAAUUUUGGAUUAGAAUUACAAUAUUUUCAUUCAUUUCUUUUUCCAGUUUUCACAGGAAUGAUCGGCAUAAAUGGGGGAAGUUUCUUUGAAUUCAAACCUCCUGUUUACUAAUUCUUUUUCUUUUAAUUUGGAGUUUGAGGGCAUUGAUGACAGUAAAGUUAAGUGAAGUUGUAUAAUGCUAACUUAUACAUGGUUCUAGACAGUGUUAUGCUUUUAUUGUAUUGGUGUGUUCCAUUGAAUUUCAUACAAUAUUAGGCAAAAUGUGCUUGGGAAAAAAAACUUUCUGAAAUUGUUUUUAAUCACUAGUAAUGGCUAAGCAAAUUUUAGGGUGUCCUGCUAAACAAGCCUCAGGAGCUUUUGGGGGUGAGAAAAGUUGGGUUUUUCAUACUGCCUACAUGCUGGUUUUUUUUAAAAAGGACCCAUUCCUUUUAGUGUGUUAAGGUGUGCAAGGCAAGAUUUGGUCACCUCGAGGUGGGAGACUUUCACCUUUGACGCUCAUUUCAAAGACAAUUUUUUUGCCUGUGAAAUAUUAUCACCCACAGAAGGUAUGUAUUCAUCUCAGAUUCCAAACUAAAACCUUUCGUUGUUGCCCAAAGGCUCUCCAUCAUGGAGUCAAAGCUAUACUGUGCUUGUAGAUAUUUUACAGUUAUCUUCUUUAAUUGACAUCAGAGAAAUUUUUCACAACAUGUCCUUAAACUCCUCAUAUUAGUAACAGAUUAUAGCUUCUCCAUUCAUGCAGAAUAAAGUAUUCCUAAUGGCUUCGUGAGUGAAUGGAAUCAAAGUAGAAUCACACUACUUGACUUCAUCACUUUGAUUUUCCCCUUGCCCUAUAGUUUACAGAUGGAUUGGUGCUAGUCUUUGCCGCCUUGGCUACUUUUUAGAAUUGUUGAGGAUUUCACCCUCAAUAUACAUAGUAUAGGAGUGUCAGGUUAGUUCUUUAAAAGCAAAAACAAUUCAUUUCAGAAUUAAUUGGAUUUGGAUGUAUCUGUAAAUCCUUUGUUUUCUACGCUUCUCAUAGAAAAUAUGAAUAACAUUAUGCAAAUACCGUGUGGAGGAAGUAGUUAAGCCUUAUAUAUGAGCAUUAUGACACUAGUUCAUUCGAUUAAUCUGCUUGUACUACCUCUACUUAGACUGGUUUUCUGCCUUUCCUCCUCAACACACACUAC